AUGAGAGAGCAACAGCUCCACGACGUCCGCCUUGCAGCUCUCCGCCGCGACCUUCAGAGGCGUCAUGCCGUGACCGUUCACCACCAUCGCCGCCUUACACCUAACCAGUUCCCUCACGAUGUCCAGAUGCCCGGCCUCUGCGGCAAAGUGCAGUGCGGUGGCCCCGCAGUGAGCUUUGGCGUUGGGAUCCGCGCCGCGUUCCAGCAGGAAGUAAACGACGUCGGUGUGGCCCUUGUAGGCGGCUAUCAUCAAGCAGGUGUUGUCGUACUUAUUGGCGAUGCUAAAGUCUGCGUCGUGCUCGACGAGCAGAAACCGGGUCUGAACCGUCGAGUGGUUCAGCAGAAGGGCAGCCAGGGUCAAGACUCUUCCUUCACUCGCUGCUUUGUGCACAUACCGGGCCAGGGACUCCAACCGGGCCAGAGCCGGUACCUCCGCCAUCUGGAUACAUUGAUGCGUGUCAGUGAUGCAGUGGACAACUGUGAGGAUGAUAGUGUGAUGUUCCUGAACAGUGAUGCAGAAACACAAUAUAAGAGCGGCGAGUUGAACUUCUCCACGUUUCUCAGCAUGAUGCACAAACAGAUCCAACAGGAGAACCCACGGGCCGAGAUCCUGGAGGCCAUGAAGACGAUGGACACAAAGAAGCAGGUUUCAUCCUGGUGUCAGAGCUUAAAGUCAAACUGAUGACACUUGGAGAACGACCUACAAAUCAAGAAGAUAAAUCUACUCCAACAUUUAGUUUUUUCUCAUUUACCUGUAUAUGAUGAAUUAUGAAACAGUAAAGAUUGUGUGUACGUGUCUCCUCACAGUGGAUGAACUUCUGAAUGAAGCUGUCGAGACAUCGGACGGACGAGACAAUCAUUGCUGUUCCCGCCGGUCAAUGCUGAUCAAACUAUGAGUCCAGAACUUCCUGGGGUGCGUCCCUCAUAAUUCAGUGCGCUUCUUUAUAUCCAGCAAACAUUCCAGUAAGACUUAUAAAGCAACACAAAAUGACAUAACUAUGAUCAUAUUUCAUUGAUAAACACCUGGCAAAAUGCUUUAAUCAUUAACUAACCGUGGGAUUGCUUAGAAACUAACCAGACGUGUCUUUUAUAGUUAGUUAGUACUUCAACUUUACAGAUACUUGUUCUUGACUGAAACAGACAUCAGGUUAUUGCUUUGUACCGUGUGCUAUUUUUGCCCUUAAAAGAAUAAGGUGCUUGGAUGUGUCAGAUGCAAAGAAAUCUUGAUUCAACACAACUUGCAAAGAAUAAAUGUCUGAAUAUAACUAGCAAUGUACGCUACAGUCAAAACAUGUUGAAAUGAUUUAAAGAAGCACAAGCAAAAUCUCUCAUACGCUGUUUGUUGACCAAAUCAUCUUCAGCUCAUAAAGAAGGUGGUAAAUUCUCAUAUGGUCAUGUUAUUGUUUGCAUGGGUUUGUGUGUCUACAUUCAGACAAUAAAGAAGAUACUCUGGA